AUUAACUUUUUGUCGUGAUCUUGGACAAUAUAUAAAUAUAAAAUAUAUAAACAUUGCUUGAUAUAAUAUUAAUAUGGGUAAAUCAUCAAAGGAUAAGCGAGACAUUUUUUACCGAUUAGCAAAGGAGCAGGGAUGGCGCGCCAGAAGUGCAUUCAAACUGCUUCAAGCGGACGAAACGUUUAAUUUACUAGAGGGCGUAACACGUGCUGUUGAUUUGUGCGCUGCCCCUGGUGGCUGGUCACAGGUUCUGUCCAAGCGCAUGUACGAGCCGCGUACGCCCGAAGAACGGGAGCAGGUGAAGAUCAUUGCAGUGGACAUGCAGGGCAUGGCACCCAUUGAUGGGGUCACACAGUUGCGCGAAGACAUUACCAAAGAGUCAACAGCGGAGGCAAUUAUUAAGUUCUUUGAUGGCAAAAAGGCGCAACUGGUUGUCAGCGAUGGGGCUCCAGAUGUCACGGGCAUGCACGAUUGGGAUGCCUAUAUGCAGGCGCAGCUCUUAUUAUCAGCUCUGAGCAUUUCGACCUACAUCCUCGAAGAGGGCGGUGCGUUUAUGGGCAAGGUGUAUCGAGCAGCCAACACCAGUGGCGUCUACUUGCAGCUGCAGCGCUUCUUUAAGGAUGUGUGCCUCUUCAAGCCAUCCGCAUCGCGCAACUCCAGCAUUGAAGCAUUUGUAGUAUGUCGACAAUUCACCAUGCCCGAGGGUCAUGUGCCAUGCAAUCUGAUUUUAGAAUGGUUUGAUAAGCCCGAUGAGGCGUUGAGAAACAUCUCAGGAAUAGUAGAUUAUAACGUCGUACACUUGCCAUUUGUGGCACACCAAUGCGAAUAUGAUGCGGAUCUCAGCUACGAAUUGGAUGAGAAUUAUAAGCAUCAAGACGCUGUACAAAAGCCCUUGACCGCCGCCUACACUGAAGUGCUGGAGAAAACCCGAAACAUAUCCCUUAAAUACAACUCCUACAUUGUGCGUCAUGACGAAGAGAGCAUAAAGCGUUAUCAGGCAAUUGCCGAAUUUAAAACGGAGAAGAUUGGCGCCUGUGUCAAGCCCUGUCUGGUAUUUAACGGCCCGAAAUGGGCUCAAACGGAGGAGUUACGUCGUCUGCGUAGUUUGUUUAUUGACAUGUUUCACCGCGAAAAGGUCGAGUCCAUACGGCUACAAGGCGUGGAGCAUGUGCUUAGCUUCACGGUCACCGACGAUAUGAGUGUUCUGAUGCGUUCUUAUAAGAUAUUGCUAAAGAAGUCUGGUCAAAAGACGCCACGUAUCGAGCUGGAAGAGAUCGGACCAUCGGCUGAUUUCUCCAUUCGUCGCACCAAAAUUGCCUCUGAAGAUCUGUACAAACUGGCCAGAAAACAGCCCAAGCAGCUGAGAGUUACCAAAAAGAAGAAUAUGAGCACAGAUGCGCUGGGCAAUACAAAGGGACGCGUGCAUUUGGGCAAGCAACAAACGGGCUCAAUACAGACGCGUCGUGUGAAAGCCCUCAAGAAGUCGCCUGAGGAAAAGCGCACUGAUCGCCAGAAAAAGAAGGUGGCACUUAAAGCGGCCGCAGCUGAGGCUUUGGCGGCAACCGAUUGAGUCACAAGCAGUUGCUUUAGGUUUUAGUUAGUUGUAGUUGCAAUAAAUUGGUCCAGCUUAAAAUAUAGUUAAUAUCUUGACUUAA